CUCAAAAGAAGCAGCUUCUUUCGUCUUUAAACCGAACAAUUGUGGGAAAGCGUUACAAUAAAUAACCGGAAAACUUUUAGAUUAUGACGUUAAUUGGUCCAUGCCCAUGAUAUAGAUUUGGGUUUUUUUGUGCUGUUGCGUCAGUAUGAGCGGGAAGUUGUGUUUGUUUGUAGUUAGUGUUGUAAACUGCCAUUGAACUCGCGUGCUCUCAAACUCAAUUGAGUCUGUCAGAUGGAGAACUUCAUUCUGUAUGAAGAGAUUGGAAGAGGCAGUAGAUCGGUUGUUUAUAAAGGCAGAAGGAAAGGCAGCAUACAUUUCGUGGCCAUCAUCUGCAGUGACAAAUCCAAGAGACCUGAAUUAACAAACCACGUGAGACUUGCUCACGACAUCAAGCAUGAUAAUGUGGUCUCUUUCUAUGAAUGGUAUGAGACCAGCAACCAUCUAUGGCUGGUGGUGGAGAUGUGCACAGGUGGAUCCCUGGCAGCACUAAUUGCUCAGGACGAGUGCUUGUCUGAGGAUGUUGUGCAAGAGUUUUCCUUGGAUCUGAUAAAAGGUCUUAAAUACAUCCACGACUCUGGCAUUGUUUUCUCGGAUUUCACACCAGCAAAGAUAUUGUUGGAUGGUCCAGGGACUCUGAAGUACUCAAAUUUCUGCUUGGCCAAAGCUCAAGGAGAGAAUCUGGAAGAAUUCUUCUGUCUGGUGAUGGCAGAAGAGACAGGAGCUGGUGAUAGCAGAGAGAACAUGAUCUCUCUACAAAAAAACAUCAAGAACAGAAUUAAAAGUUCUGCUGUGUACUGUGCCCCUGAGGUGCUGAGAGGGGCAGACUCCAGUGUCUGCAGUGACUUGUGGGCAUUAGGCUGCAUCCUUUAUGAGAUGUUCACAGGAAAACCACCCUUUGUCUCUGAGAGUAUGACUUGCAUAAUUGAUCUCAUUUUAAAUGAAGAUCCUCCACCCCUAAGACAAAAAGAGCCUGGCGUCUUACAACCCAGUCCAGAGUUUGAGAGCCUUGUCAUGAGUUUACUUCAAAAAGACCCUGUGAAAAGGUCAAGCUGGAAACCUUUAUUGUCUCACCCAUUCUGGAGGGGAGCAUUUUCAGAAACGCAGUCCAAUGUGGAAAAAGAGCAGGGUGCCUCUUUGAUCUCCAGCCUGCAUUUGGCCCCUCAAACAGCAGAGGAAGCACAAACAGCAGUUGAAGCACAAACCGCACCUGUUGACCCAGGCAGCCCAAACCUCAGCAAGUCCUUCACAUUAGGUAAUAUGAUUGAGUUUAGACCAAAGUCUGCACUGGACAAUGAUGCCAGAGAGGCGAUUUUCCUCCUCAGCUCCAGACCAACUCCAAGAACAUGUAAUACUGCAAGAGAGAUGGUGGAUAGAGGGCCUGAAACUCAAGAGUCCAGUGUCCUGGUGGAGGAGCAAAGUGACAUGAACACCUGCAUUAAAGCCCUUUUAUAUACAGACAGUGACUUCAUGGUGACCCCCAUCAUGGAUAACCCAAAGAUUUUAAAGACUGCUUCAGUUCGUUUUGACCCAAAAUCACUUUGUGUACCAGCACAUUCAGCUGAACGGUUGUCCUGUCUGAGCUUAGAAGAAUGGUCUCCCUUCCUGCUGCAGGUGUGUGCUGUUCUGGAGUCAGUGGAUCGUGCCGGAUCAGCCAAUACCACAGCAGCACGCACUAAACUCAACCUGCUCUGUUACCUAUGCACUGUCUGCAACCACAGAGAGAUGGCAACACGCCUCAUACAUUCCCAGCUGUUCCCUGUGCUUGUUCAACAGAUGCGACAUGCUCCAAACUGGGAUGUAAGGAGCAAAGUGAUGAGAGUCAUUGGAUUGCUGGCUUCCCACUGCACAGAGCUCAGAGAGGAUGUUCCUAUCACAGAGGCAGUAACCAUGUUCACAGAGCUGAUCCGAGAAAACUUUAGGAGCAGCAAACUGAAACAGUGCUUGAUUCCACCACUAGGGGAGCUGCUUUACCUCAUUGCUACACAGGAAGAGAAGAAAGAGUGCCCAGGAGGAUUGUGGGUCGUUCCUGCUGCCGCCUACACCGUGUUAAUGAGGUGCCUUCGGGAAGGGGAGGAGCUGGUGGUGAACCAUAUGGCUGCCAAAACCAUUGAGAAUGUGUGCAGCCGAGAGUCCCAAUACGCCCAGGGAUUCAUCACUGCUGAUGUAGGACCUACACUCUGGUAUCUGUUCACACACUCCACUGUGGAUGCACUCAGGGUCAGCGCAAUAUCUGCUUUAUGUAAAAUAACACGGCACUUUGCGGGUGCCUUCCAGAGUGUGAUUGAUAAGGUGGGAAUACCCAGCAUCCUCAUUUGCCUGGUGUCAGGCAUCAGCCGUGUCCAGCAACACAUGCUCACUAUGUUUGCCACCAUGUUGUUAUCAGGAUCACACUCCUACAGACUGGUACAGGACCGGGACUUUGUUAUGAAGAUAAUCCGGUCUCUGGAGAGUCCGUCUUCAGUCAUCCGCGCCAAGGCCUUCCUCGUUCUCCUACAGGUCCUUAUGAACAACAGAGAGAUGCUUCUGCUCUGCUGUAACUCCAGGUUGGUGAUGUACAUUGAAAGAGACGUCCGAAAGGCAACACCAGGGAAGGAGCAACAAAGCGGCAAUGAAUACCUGUCAGAAUGCCUGGCCCUCUUCAUCCGUCACACUGUGCACGAACUGCCAGCCAUCCUGGAUGACAUCCUGUCCGUGUUGGGUAGUAUUGUGGGAAGGAAGCACCCCUCUCCGACACAGGCCCGUCAGCUGAAGCAGAGUCUCCCCAUGAUGGCUGUGGUGCUACAUCUACUCACCUCACAGAUCUUUCGACCACAGGUGGUGACUGAGGCCUUUCUCAUAAAGUUUGGGAAACUGCUGAAUCACAUUACAUCCAUUGACUCUAAUGAAACGAAUUUGGGAAGUGCUAUAGGUCAGGCAUCAUCUGAGGAGUUGAUCAGAAACACAUUAUCUGCAGUGGAGGCUAUUUCCCAGCAUCCCGCUUUGCUCAGUGUCCAUCACUGCACUGUUGUGGAUUUGAUUGUACCACCACUGGCGUCACUGGCCUUUAGUAAGAAUGUCCAGUGGCGAAUCGUGAGUUUGCGGGUGCUGUCAGAGAUCACACUGCUGUUGCUGAGCCAAGAGGAGGUGGAGGAGAGAGAAAGAGAUGGAGAAUGGAAAGUAGAAGGCAUCUCCUCAAACACACGACUGCUGGCACUCAUCUCUGAGGCCCUGCUGCCACAGUAUGAGACUUUGCUUCUGGAGCCGGACCCUCUACCUCUGUAUGCUCUGAAACUGUUAGUGUCCCUAACUGAGCACAGCUCACAUGUCAGCAGGCUUGUUAGAGAGAGCCGUCUCCUGCCUGCUGUCUUUCAAGUCAUAGAGGAGCAUCAGAAUAAUGUCCUUGGAGGCACGAUGCAGAACGCCAUAUCUCUUCUUUGCAAUCUGAUUGGACAGAAGGGCACCGACCUCCGACCGUUCUACCAGCAAGGUGUAAUUGAGGUGGUGUGUAAUGUCUUAGUGGAAGUCUCUGGCUUGUAUCUGGAGAAAGAACAGCAGUCAGGACCGAAGAGCUGCUAUUCUCUGCUCCUGUGUCUUCUAGACAUCAUCCACUGCCUGCUUAAACACCUCUCGUCUGUUGUCCGACUUGCCCUGCAGAGAUCAGACAGUAAUGAAGACACAGCUGCUGCAGAGAAGCUACUGCUCAUCAACAAACCACUGACAGACCUAAACAACCUCCUCAUUCAGCUGCUGACAUGUAAUGACAAUGAGGUGUAUGAGGAGGCCAGUCACUGUGUAUCUCUGUUGGCUCAGAUGUAUGGAGGAGAGGGAGCUGACUGCCUGCAGCCAGAGGAACUGCUCAGCCUGGCACAUGCACUGCAGACACAUACUGAGCCCAGACAACAGAAACUGCUACUCCGCGUGCUCAAACGCUUGAUGAGUGCAGUUGGCAGCUCCUGUUGGGAAUCUUCGGAGGGUCAGAUCCUGAUUAAUGUGCUCCAAAAUCUGCCGCUACCUAGUAGGCUCCAAUCAGACAUGACCGUGAAAUCACUAGCUGGAGAGAUUCUGAAGAGCAUUGGACAGAACUGAGACUCUACAAAGCUGUGCUUAUCUUUUGGUAUUUAAUGUAUAUAUUUACAUUUGUGAUUUUUAUCUGAAACUCAAGUAAUAUUUCACUCCAUAAACCACCCACAAAUGUAGUAACACUUCAGUAACAUUAAACCACUUUCCUAAUGUUUUAUUCCCAGUAUCUAUCUUAGUUGGUUAUUGUUCUUUCUUAGGGCAGCACCUUGUAUGUAUUUAAUAUUUUUUUUACAUAAAUAAUAAAAAGGCCACACCAGAGAUACAUUUGUCCACUUUAUUGUUUAGCCAGGUCAUAACCAAGUCUCCAACCAACAUCGCAGGCUACAAUAAUUAGGGGUUCUUUUCAAAAACCUUUCUAAAGCUACCAUCAAAAUAAGAACAAGACAGAAAGAAAGAUGAACAAAACUGGCCCCAAC